AUGGCUGACGAGGCCGCCAUCCGCGCUGAAUAUGAACGGCUACUCGUCGCACAGCAGUCUGCCUUUGACGCUCAACAAGCCAUCGCCGCCGCCUUCGGUCCCGCCAGCAUGCCCUUCGCUUAUGCUCCGUCUCGCGGGCGAGGUCGUGGGCGCGGCCGUGGACGAGGUGCGCCAGCAGCGCAGGGACGGCAGUUCCGCAACGCGACUUGGGUGGCGCCAGGACUCGCCGACACGAGCACUGCUAGCGUGACUGCCGACACGCCGACGCCUCCUUCUGCGCCCGUUCCAGCCGCGCCAGUUCCCACUCGGCCGUAUACUCCGUCGGCGGCGGGGAGAGGAGGGUACCGCAACCAGACGCUCGUCCUGAACGCUGGCUCAUCCGCAUCAACAGCAUCUCGCCCGUCCUCGGCGGCUUCGACGCUCUCGGCAACGACCACGACGACGAGCGGACGAACCACACCCGUUGCGCAGGCGAUCGAGAAGAUGGACGUCGGCGAGUCUUUCACGCCCGCGAAGGGAAAGGGCAAAGCGGCGGCUCUCCCAACUCAGGGCGCUCGAGAAGUCGUCAUUGACGGCGUAGUCUUCGUUGCGGACACGCGAGGGAACAAGCUGGUUCGCAAGUCGGACGUCGCAUCCACCGCAUCUUCAGCUACAGCAUCCACAUCGACUACGCCGACUGUCGCAUCGCCGCCUUCACCUUCGCUUUCGACGCCUAAGCGGACCUCGCAUCUCGGCACAACCUACAUCCGCACCAAGUCGGGCAACCUCGUCUCGCUCGCCUUCGCACGACGGAAGAAGGAGCUUGCCGAGCAGAAGAAGCAGGAGAUGGACGAGAAACGGAAGAGGCUCGAUAGCCUCGUCGGGAUCGUCAAGGGCGUGCAAGGAGCGAGGAAUGCCGCGGGCGGAGCACGAGCUCGCGGAAGAGGACGAGGACGAGGUGCCUUCGCGUCGUCAACUCGCAGACCUGCACCGCCAAAAUCCGACAAGCUGUGCCGCUUCUUCCAGCGAACAGGCCAAUGCUCUCGAGCACAUACCUGUCCUUACGUUCACGACUCGCACAAGAUCGCCAUCUGCCCUCUCUUCCUCCGCUCUUCCUGCCCACGACUCGCCUCGACAUGCCCUCUCUCGCAUUCUCCGAACGCUCACCGCUCGCCUCACUGCCUCCACUUCCCCAACUGCACACGCGGCUCGACCUGCCCUUACGCCCACGUCAAGGUCUCGUCCGAUGCGCCCGUCUGCCGCGACUUUGUCGAGCUCGGAUGGUGCGAGAAGGGCGAGGAGUGUGACAAGCGGCAUGUGCGUGAAUGUUGGAGGUUUGCAGAGACGGGCAAGUGCGAGGUGAAGGGUUGUCGCGAGCCUCACGUACUGCGGCGGGUGCAUACGGCUUCCGAAGACGAGGGAGAUGCGCAGGGUGGUGAGGAAGACGAGGACGCAGCCGAGGAAGAGGAGGAUGCCAUCGAGCGAAAUGAGGCGGAGCAGGUGUUUGGCGCGGCAGGCUCGAAGCGACCUCGCCGCGAAUCGACCGACACGGCCUUUCCUUCGACUGCACCUCUCGGCAUCUCCGGCGCGGCUGGUCGCCGACUCAUCAAGAAGCUCAAGAAACGCGACAGCGAAGGCGGGUUCUCGCAGCAGCACGACUUCGUUCAGCUCAUGGUGCCGCUGUCAGACGAGGAGGAAGGUGGCGAGGUGGAGGAGGACGAGGAGAUGAGCGUUGAGUCGGACGACCUGGAGACCGAUGAAGACGACCAGGUGGACGAGGAAGAGGAGGACGAGGCCCAGGCUACUGACGCUUCAGCAGGUGCUGCCGGGGACGCUUCCUUGCCUGACGCGCAGCCGACUUCCGCUGCGGUCCAUUCAGAGCCUGCCACGGCUGGAGACGACUACGUCGAGUUCGACUACGGGGAUGACGACCCCGCAGCCUCUGAUCCGGAUGAGGAGGACGACGAGACCGUUGAGCAGCUUCUGCGCCGAUGA